GGUAGGCUCAACGACUACCGAGCCCAGCGCGUCGUCUGGCUCCUCGAGGAGCUCGACCUAACCUAUACCGUCAGACCAUUCCACCACACCCCCAGCGGCCUCGCCCCCCGCGAGCUGGAAAAGGUCUACCCCCUAGGGACAUCACCCAUCCUGACAAUCUCGUUACCUCACCGGGAACCUCAUCUGCUUCACUAUGCAGAGGGGAGCUUCGCGCUGACGUUGGUGGUCGGGGUGAUCUUGGCCGACAGUCUUUGGCAGCAACAAAAUCCCCUUCUUCCUCCGCCCCAUCACCGGGUUCGUCGCCGACAAGAUCUACAAGGCGUUUGUCGUGCCCCACUGCGGAGAAGCACCUCGCCUUUUUGGACGGAAUGCUCGCCACUUCGCCUUCUGCUGCUGGCGAUGAAGAAGGCGAGAGGUAUCUCUGCGGGGGGAUUCCUGACCGCGGUGGAUAUCCUGCUUAGCUUCAACUUGGCCACUGCCAGGGACGGGGUGGGCAAGGUGAUGGUCUCUGCCGGCGAUGGCAAGGCGGGCAAGAUACCCCUGUGGGACACGAGUACCCGCGGGUGGGCGAGUAUUUGGAGAGGCUGCAUCGGGAAAGGGGGUAUCUGA